GUGUUUUCUUAUUUCCUAGACUGAAGUUGAUUCUAGAGCUGAUGUGGCUGAAGCAGAUGGUAUCCUGAAUUCUGAGGUGUUGGAGAAAUGUUCAGCAGGACAGCACCGUGAGCCACAGAAUGAACCAGUCUCCACUGCGUUUACAUUCAAUGUUCUUCCAGGGUACAAACAGAGCUUGGAAGAAUCAGGAAAUGGUUUGCCCUUUGAGGUGGAUGCCCCUAAGGGAACACUGGUUCUAGAACCCUCAGAGAACCCAGUGCUACUUGUGCCACCAGCAGCCCCUGGCAGUUUGGGUGGCACAGUGAGCUUGAUCUUGAGCAUUGGGAAGGAAGGGGAGAAAAAGACUGCAGGAAGCCAGACUGCACCAUCACCAUCGGUAGGACAAGAGACUUUGCACAAGGUGAGCACCUAUCUAUGUGUAAAGGAGAAAGAUGGAAGUAGAAAUCAAGAGACAAGCUGCAGAAACUCAGCCUUCAUAUCACAAUCUGUCAAGCAAUUGCCUCCCAGAGUUCCUUCUUUCCCAUUUUCCAGGGUAGAAUGGGGCAAAGCAGCCUCUCACACCUUGCCCAAGAUUAGUUCCAGCUGCUCCUCAAAGAGCCUAAAGGGAAAAGCCAAAGCAAGGGCAGAAGAUAUCCAGCUGCUCACUUUGCAAGGGAUUAUAGGAACAAAAGCAAAUUAUCUGCAAGAACAGAGGCCUAGCAUGAGGAACACUUGGCCACCUAGAUGCAGCAGGAGGGUACAAGUCCUGCAGGCAUUGUCCCUACCACAAAGAGACCUGAUGGAUUAUGUGAAGAAUCCACUAGAAUGGACUAUUGAUGCUGAAUGUGAUUUAGCUAGAGAAACAUCUGGAAAGUGCAUAUUCCUGAAGCAAAACGAAAGUCUCCAUAGUCCCCACUCACCCAUAGAAACGUUGAACACAUGUCAGCAUCUUUCCCUAGGAUCUGUUUUGAGCCUGGAGCUUCCCAAGGAUCUCAGUGCUCUGAGAAAUGUCCAUGAUACCAUCAAGGUAGCAAGGGAAGGGAUAGCAGAAAGGAAGGGAGCAAACCAGGUGAAUCAAGUGGCCCAAAGGAAUACAGACGAGGCAAAGUCACAUGAGACCAGUAUCAGUCGGCAAAAGGAAACCUUAGGGCAGCAAGCAAUGCACCCAAAGCCCAUAAGAGUAGAGGAUGUUUCUCAUAAGCUCCCCAAGACUAAGAAGGACACUUGGUUUGAAGAAGUGAACAUCAACCCAAGCUAUGGCAGGCAGAAAACUUACUUUGUUGCCUCUAGUGGAGAGGUCAGGCUGCCUCCUACAAGUCAAAACAAUUCCAGUGAUGAUUUUCUGGAUUUCAAGCAGAACAAGCUGUCUCAUAUCAGCGUACUGCAUGAGCAGUUAGGUUUGGAGUGGGAUAAACUAGCUUCUGCACCGGGUAGACCUGGUAGCUCCAAGGAGAAACAAGUAAAAGAUCUAGAUGAUAACAGAGCCAAAGUUCAAGAUGCUUUGAGGUUGAAACCCUCCUCUUCUGAAUCCACAAGCAACCCUGAUUUAGUUUCCCACCUAACCAGAGUUAAAGAUCUUUUAGUGAAUGAGAUACCAGAAAAAGAAAACACCCAGUGCUCUGAAGAAAGCCUUACAAGACACACUCCUUCAUUCCUGCACUUGGGACAUAAAUCCCCCACCAAACCUUCUAAGCUUGAUUGUGAAUUGGACUAUGAGGAAAAUACCCUGAGUAACUCAGAGCUCUGCCCUUUUAACAUGACCCCAUGGGGAGAUAUAACCAAAGGAAUGAAGUUGCAAGGCAUGGCAGCAGAAGUUUGUCACCCUGCUCAUGAGAUGUUUGAAGAGGAGGAAGAAGAGCUGCAGGCCAUAUGGAAUAAAAUGGAGAAGCCUAAAAGAGGGCCAGAGGUCCAUGGUGAACCAGGGAGAAAGUUGGAUAAAGAACGAAGUCCAGGUAGCUCAGGUGGAAAACUUCUCCUGACAUCUGCAGAUAAUUGGUUGAUAGCCAGGUUCAAGCUUCCCACUUCUGCUGAAAUGCUACAGAAUUCAGAAGGAGAAAGAAGGGCCAGUCUUGGGGUUGACAAGAGGAAAAACCAACCAAAUCAGUGCAGCAAAGCAGAUUCAUCUUCUUGCCAGGAGCUAAAUAAAAAGGCAGCAGCUUCACCCGGAGAGUCAUCACUCCAAACAACAUAUUCAGUGGAUCAGCAGAAAUUCCAAGAAGAAGGCAAAAGUGUUAGCAAGAUUUUUCCAAGUAAAUUGGAACUUCAGAUGAUGGAAGGACCUCUGGAAAGAAAGAAUCUGUUGCAGGCAGGGGGCAGAAAGGCAAAUAGUCGCUCCUGGAACACUUUUCAUACAGUUCUGAUGAGGCAAACUUUGUGUUUCUACCAGGACAAGAAAGACACCCUCAAGGGUUCUGUGAUGGCCUUGCCGCUGAACCUCUCUGGAGCUAUUUGCACCCUGGAAACGGAAUACAUCAAAAAGAGCAAUUGUUUUACAUUACAGUUGAAUGAUGGCUCCAAGUACCUUCUCAGAGCUCCAACUGAGCCACUCAUGAAAGAAUGGGUUACCAAAUUACAGCAGAACUCAGGUUUACCUGAAGUGGAUUUCUUCCCAUCAGCCUCCCAGCCUGCUCAAGGGAUCACCUCUGGGGUUAGUGCAAUUCCUGGCCAAGGAGUUGCCCACUUCCAAGGCUUUCAGAAAAAGCUUCCAACCAAGAGUCAAGAAAUCAGGUUUCUGCCCAAGUCAAGUGUAAAGCUGCAGUUGCCUUAUAAAACUCGUAGUGAGGCACAAGAUACAACAGUGUCACAAACAGGAAAUGGUCUCAGACCUGCACCUAUUUACACUACAGAACAGAAUCUGAAGCGUGGUUCCCCUUUGGAGUCAGUAAGGUUGCAAGAUCCUCAGUUCUGUCAAGAUGACGACUGUGGACUGGUGACAAGCAAAAGGCGGUCAUAUUCUUUCACCUCAGCUACAUAUCAGAAGAUCACACCUUUAUCAAAGUCCAAAGAAACCUUGGGGAUUGGCAGCAACUACUCUGUUACUUUGUACAUUGGUGAGCAGGCUCCAACUACUCCCCCACGGCCCCGCUGCCACUCCUUCAUAGCCACUCCCAGUGGAGCCCGAGAAAUGGUGGGUGAGCAAAACCAAGGUGCUUCACCUUGCCAGAAGAACAAAUCUGUCUUCAGGAAAUUCUUUGGGAAGAAAGAUUGAGUUUUCAAGAAAUGGGGAGUGUGGUUCUGAAUGCUGUCAGUGAAUCAUCCUUUGCUGGAUGGGUUGAGGGCUCUGACUGCUCCAGGAGGUUCUGCUACUCUGCACCAACCCUUGUAAUUAGGUCUCUUCCGAGAGGCAGAAAUGGCGGGGUGGGGGUGGGGUAGGCAUAGGCUUUGCUCAGUGAAAUACUCAGCUCUCUAUUCACCCCAAAAGAAAUCAGCUGAUGGGAUGGAAGGGCAGGCCAGCAAAACCACAAGGACCCUUCAUUCAUAUUGAGGCAGUAUAGUAUGUAAUUCCAAUUAUUAUGGGGUCUUUCUCUGCAGUGGCAGAGAAAGUGUCUUUGUUUGACACAGAGGAAUCAGGUAAUACAUUGCUAGACACAUUAAUACUAUAUUUGUAUUCAGCCUGGGGAUGGAGGAAGAAAUUAUGUUCCUUCAAUUCCUUCUAACAGAUCUGUGCAUAAUUCAUGAUGGGAUCAAAAAGCAAAGUCCUUCCUUAGGUCCAAUUAUCCAAGCCAUGGAAUUUAUCCAGGCUGAGGGUAGCCCAGCUUUUUCAUUUGACUGCUACUUUUGUGCCUUUAACAAGUCUGCAGACAUUAGCAAGUAAUAAUUACGUGCUUCGUGCAGAGAGAAGCUUCAUUUUCCCUUUUCUGUUUUUAUUGUUUGUCUUUAUAAAUUAAGCUGCUGUAAACACAGACACUCCAAAACAGGUCACAGCAGGAUUUCUUCUGGUCAGUUGACAACAUUGGAUGAGGCCCAAACAAUACAAUGGAAGCCUGAAUUAUUCUUUUAAGAAAAAAACAAAACACUACAAUACCAAUUUAGAAUCAGCAUAUAUGUGAACUACAGUUAUUUUGAGGCUGGUGAAAACCCCUGGAAGAUUUUUUUUCAGGUAUUGAAGAGAACCUUUUACCUUUCACUCUUCAGUGUGGAGUAGCUCCUCUGACGCCAAGAAGCUCCUUGCAUUUAGUUUUCCUUCCUUCAGCAACAUUUAAGGCUGGAUUAAUAGCCAGUUGCAUCUCCUGGAGAAAUAUUAACACCAUAUUAAAACA